AUGGUCUUUCUUCGGGUUCUCCGUUCCUUACCAUGCACAAGUUCAACAUCGAUUCGCCUUCUCGCCACUGAAGCCACAUCCACUGUUGAGGAAAAAUUAAACAGGAAUAUCGUUUUUGACCGCCGUCUAAAAAGAAAACAACGAGAAUGGGCAGUUCGCCAAGCUGACUUCAACGAAGCACAGUAUCUGAAAGAAGAGAUUGGAUGGAGAGUUGCCGAUAAGGUAUUUGACCUCACCAAAUUCAACCCCUUAGCACUGGACAUAGGCUGUGGAGUCGGUCACAUUGCUCCUCAUAUGAUCAAGGAAAAUGUCGGUACUCUUAUACAAUGCGACAUGAGUCCAGCUAUGGUUAACAAAAGUCGUGGACCAGAUGACAAUGAGGUCAAAAUUGAACGUGUGGUGUGUGAUGAGGAAACACUUGAACCUUUCAAGAAUGAUCAGUUUGAUUUAUUACUGUCAUCGAUGUCAGCUCAUUGGAUCAAUGACCUUCCUCAAUGGUUUCGCCGCUGCUACGAUAUUCUGAAACCCGACUGUCCCUUCAUUGGCGCUCUUCUUUCGGAGGAUACUCUUUUCGAGUUAAGAUGCUCGUUACAACUUGCGGAGAUGGAGCGCACUGGAGGUGUCGGUUCGCACAUUUCACCAUUCAUAAAACCACAGGAUAUUGGAAGCCUGUUGAACCGAGCUGGCUUUGAUAUGAUUACGUUAGACAGCGACGAAGUAGAGGUAGGCUAUCCGAGCAUGUUUGCUCUGAUGUAUGAUCUACAGCUGAUGGCUGAAUCACAUUGCACGUACUCACGAAGUCCAGCGCUUCGCAAAGAUGUACUGCUUGCAGCUGAAGCCAUAUACAGGACUAUGUAUGCCAAGGAUGGGAAAUAUCCAGCUACGUUCCGUGUGAUCUCGUUUAUCGGUUGGAAACCUGGACCAGAGAUGCCGAAGCCAGCAAAACGUGGAUCGCAGAACGUCUCCUUUAAGGAUCUGGGUAAAAUUGUAGAAGAUCCACACCUUAUGCAGAAGCUGAGCGAGAGGGAAGACACCAAAGAUAGCAAAUAG